UUUCUUCGAGUUUAUCUGUCUUUUAACCGGCUCGCCGGGUUUUCCAGCAUUCCCAGAGCUGCGACUCUAAUCCGGGCUCCGUGUGACCGCGCAUUCCGAGGCCCAGGAUUUGGCUCUUUCAUCCAGGUUCCGGGUUUCCCCGGCGCACUCCUGCUCCAGACUCCACAGCAGCCCGGAAUCCGGAUCCGAGGGCCCGCAAUGAUGUUGUCCACUGGGCAUGUACUGACCAAUGUGGCAGGUCUGAGAACAUAGCUGAAGCUGAAAAUAGGAAAGCUGGGGGCAAGGAAGAGCCUUGAAUCUUGAGGUGGGACGUUGACUCUAAGAUGUCCUUGAGCAGUGGAGCCUCCGGAGGGAAAGGAGUGGAUGCAAACCCGGUUGAGACAUACGACAGUGGGGAUGAAUGGGACAUUGGAGUAGGGAAUCUCAUCAUUGACCUGGACGCCGAUCUGGAAAAGGACCAGCAGAAACUGGAAAUGUCAGGCUCAAAGGAGGUGGGGAUACCGGCUCCCAAUGCUGUGGCCACACUACCAGACAACAUCAAGUUUGUGACCCCAGUGCCAGGUCCUCAAGGGAAGGAAGGCAAAUCAAAAUCCAAAAGGAAUAAGAGUGGCAAAGACACUAGCAAACCCACUCCAGGGACUUCCCUGUUCACUCCAAGUGAGGGGGCAGCUAGCAAGAAAGAGGUGCAGGGACGCUCAGGAGAUGGUGCCAAUGCAGGAAGCCUGGUUGCUGCUAUUGCUCCCAAGGGCUCAGAGAAGGCGGCUAAGGCAUCCCGCAGUGUAGCCGGCUCCAAAAAGGAGAAGGAGAACAGCUCAUCUAAGAGCAAGAAGGAGAGAAGCGAAGGAGUGGGGACUUGUUCAGAAAAGGAUCCUGGGGUCCUCCAGCCAGUUCCCUUGGGAGGACGGGGUGGUCAGUAUGAUGGAAGUGCAGGGGUGGAUACAGGAGCUGUGGAGCCACUUGGGAGUAUAGCUAUUGAGCCUGGGGCAGCGCUCAAUCCUUUGGGAGCUAAACCGGAGCCAGAGGAAGGGGAGAAUGAGUGUCGCCCGCUAAAGAAAGUCAAGUCUGAAAAGAUGGAGUCCCCUGUCUCUACACCGGCGGUGCUGCCACUGCACCUUUUGGUACCAGUGGUCAGUAAUGACAUCUCAUCCCCCUGUGAGCAGAUCAUGGUUCGUACCCGAUCAGUUGGGGUCAACACAUGUGAUGUGGCUCUAGCUACAGAGCCUGAGUGCCUGGGCCCCUGUGAACCUGGGACAAGUGUCAACCUCGAGGGCAUCGUGUGGCAGGAAACAGAAGAUGGGAUGUUGGUGGUGAAUGUAACAUGGAGGAACAAGACAUAUGUAGGUACACUUCUUGACUGUACACGGCAUGAUUGGGCACCCCCCAGGUUCUGUGACUCCCCCACCAGUGACUUGGAAAUGCGCAAUGGCCGGGGUAGAGGCAAACGCAUGCGUCCCAACAGUAACACACCUGUCAAUGAGACAGCCACAGCCUCUGACAGCAAAGGGACCAGCAGCAGCAGCAAAACCCGAGCAGGAGCAAAUAGCAAAGGCCGUCGGGGCAGCCAGAAUUCUUCAGAGCAUCGCCCACCUGCCAGUAGCACCUCUGAGGAUGUCAAGGCCAGCCCUUCCUCAGCUAACAAGCGGAAAAACAAACCGCUUUCAGACAUGGAGCUGAAUUCUAGCUCAGAGGACUCCAAAGGGAGCAAGCGUGUCCGUACGAAUUCCAUGGGCUCAGCCACUGGUCCCCUCCCUGGGACCAAGGUGGAACCCACUGUUCUAGACAGAAAUUGUCCCUCCCCAGUCCUGAUUGACUGUCCCCACCCAAACUGCAACAAAAAGUAUAAGCACAUCAAUGGACUUAAGUACCACCAGGCUCAUGCCCACACAGAUGAUGACAGCAAGCCGGAAGCAGAUGGAGACAGUGAGUACGGAGAGGAGCCCACCCUUCAUGCAGACCUAGGGAGCUGCAAUGGUGCAUCCAUCUCACAAAAAGGUUCCUUGUCCCCUGCCCGUUCAGCUACCCCCAAAGUUCGGCUCGUAGAGCCCCAUAGCCCUUCUCCUUCAAGCAAAUUCAGCACAAAAGGUCUCUGUAAGAAAAAGCUGAGUGGGGAAGGGGACACAGACCUUGGGGCCUUAUCAAAUGAUGGCUCUGAUGAUGGACCCUCAGUAAUGGAUGAAACAAGCAAUGAUGCCUUUGAUUCUUUGGAAAGGAAGUGUAUGGAAAAAGAAAAAUGUAAAAAGCCCUCUAGUUUGAAGCCUGAAAAGAUUCCUUCCAAAAGCUUAAAGUCAGCACGGCCUAUUGCCCCUGCCAUCCCCCCGCAGCAAAUCUACACCUUCCAGACCGCCACCUUCACAGCAGCAAGCCCAGGCUCCUCCUCAGGCUUGACCACCACCGUGGUCCAAGCCAUGCCCAACAGCCCCCAACUCAAGCCUAUUCAGCCCAAGCCUACUGUGAUGGGAGAACCUUUCACAGUCAACCCGGCCUUGACUCCAGCCAAGGACAAGAAAAAGAAAGACAAAAAAAAGAAGGAGUCUUCCAAGGAACUCGAAAGUCCUCUGACCCCUGGGAAGGUGUGUCGAGCAGAAGAAGGCAAAAGCCCAUUCAGAGAAUCAUCAGGAGAUGGGAUGAAGAUGGAGGGGCUCCUGAAUGGCUCAUCAGACCCCCACCAAAGCCGCCUGGCUAGCAUCAAGGCAGAAGCUGACAAGAUCUACAGCUUCACGGACAACGCCCCCAGCCCUUCAAUUGGAGGCAGUAGCCGCAUAGAUAGCACCACCCCUACCCAGCCCCUGACUCCUUUACAUGUAGUGACCCAGAAUGGAGCUGAAGCCAACUCCGUCAAAACCAACAGCCCUGCAUAUUCUGACAUAUCUGAUGCUGGGGAGGAUGGGGAGGGCAAAGUGGACAGUAUCAAAUCAAAAGACCCUGAACAGUUGGUUAAGGAAGGGGCCAAGAAAACUCUUUUCCCCCCUCAGCCACAGAGCAAAGACUCACCAUAUUACCAAGGCUUUGAGAGUUACUACUCUCCAAGUUAUGCACAGUCCAGCCCAGGGGCUCUGAACCCUGGCAGCCAGGUGGGACUGGAGAGCCAGGCUCUGAAGACAAAAAAGGACGAGGAGCCUGAGAGCAUAGAGGGAAAAGUGAAGAAUGAUGUCUGUGAGGAAAAGAAACCAGAGCUGAGCAGUUCCAGUCAGCAGCCCUCCGUCAUCCAGCAGCGUCCCAACAUGUACAUGCAGUCCCUGUACUACAACCAGUAUGCCUAUGUGCCCCCAUAUGGCUACAGCGACCAGAGCUACCACACCCACCUCCUGAGCACGAACACAGCUUACCGGCAGCAGUAUGAAGAACAGCAGAAACGGCAGAGCCUGGAGCAGCAGCAGCGGGGACUGGACAAGAAGGCCGAGUUGGGCCUCAAGGAGCGGGAGGCAGCACUCAAGGAAGAAUGGAAGCAAAAGCCUUCAAUUCCGCCAACUCUCACCAAGGCCCCCAGCCUGACGGACCUGGUCAAGUCGGGACCUGGGAAGGCCAAGGAGCCAGGGGCUGACCCUGCCAAAUCAGUCAUUAUCCCCAAGUUAGACGACUCCUCCAAACUCCCCAGCCAGGCCCCAGAAGGACUUAAAGUGAAACUGAGUGAGGCUGGUCACCUAGGCAAGGAGGCCUCUGAGGCCAAGACAGGCGCUGAAUGUGGCCGGCAGGCAGAGGUGGAUCCGAUACUCUGGUACCGACAGGAAGCAGAGCCCCGCAUGUGGACGUAUGUCUAUCCUGCCAAGUACUCGGACAUUAAGUCAGAGGAUGAGCGGUGGAAAGAGGAGCGGGACCGCAAGUUGAAGGAAGAAAGGAGUCGGAGUAAGGACUCUGUCCCCAAGGAGGAUGGGAAGGAAAGCACAAGUAGUGACUGCAAGCUGUCCACAUCUGAGGACUCCCGCCUCGGAAGCAAGGAGCCCCGACCAAGCGUCCAUGUGCCUGUUUCCUCCCCACUCACCCAGCACCAGUCCUACAUCCCUUACAUGCAUGGCUACUCCUACAGCCAGUCCUAUGACCCCAACCACCCCAGCUACCGGGGCAUGCCUGCCGUGAUGAUGCAGAACUACCCAGGUUCCUACCUACCUUCCAGCUACUCUUUCUCCCCAUAUGGCAGCAAGGUCUCAGGGGGUGAAGAUGCUGACAAGGCACGAGCCAGCCCCAGUGUCAGUUGUAAAUCCAGCUCAGAGUCCAAAGCUCUGGACAUCUUACAGCAGCAUGCCAGUCACUACAAGAGCAAGUCUCCCACGAUAACUGAUAAAACGUCUCAGGAGAGAGAUCGAGGAGGUUGUGGGGUGGUUGGGGGUGGUGGCAGCUGUAGCAGUGUCGGAGGAGCAGGAGGGGGUGAAAGGAAUGUAGACCGGCCCCGCACCUCCCCUUCUCAGCGCCUGAUGUCCACACACCACCACCACCACCACUUGGGGUACUCGUUGCUCCCAGCACAGUACAACUUACCCUAUGCAGCAGGGCUUUCUUCUACAGCCAUUGUUGCGAGCCAGCAAGGCUCAACCCCCUCACUCUACCCACCCCCACGGAGGUGAGAAUGAACACCAAGUGCCCGGAUAAAGUCAGCUUCACGGGCCCGGACUGGCUCACCCAAGGAGGUGCUGGAGGUGCCAUUUAGACAUCAGUUAAAUGGUGUUGAUCAUCCUGUUUGCCGUUCCACCAUGACCGAAGGCAGACCCUUGGCUAUCUCACCUCCACCAGAUCCCCGGACUCCCCGACCCUCCCUCUUCCUCAGGAGCUGGAGAGCUGGUACCUAGCAAAAAUAUUUAUUCUCUCGGCCACAGUUGUGACUAUUGUGGCCCAUGUGGAGAUGAAGGCAUGGGGAGCAACCAGGGGAACAUGGCCUCAGCCCAGAGAAGUCACUGCUCUGUUCCCCAAGGCCUGGUCAGCUGCCGGAGCAGUGCCAACACCCCCCACCGCAACCCUGGGGAGGGACUCCCAAGCUCUGGGUAAGGUCUGAAGACAGCACAGCAGCCAUACCCCUCUCACCGUCAUUACCACAAUCACCAGAUUCCUGCAUCUCCCCAGCAGUUUGGGCCCUGGGAACUGGCAGCAUGUGGAGGAAUUAGAAUCUCAGGAAAGAAAUUAGGGGCUGUUUUCUCUCUGUAUUUGUGAAAACAAGGUCUUCAGACAUGAAGACUUCUCCCCUCUCACAUGAGCACAUAUAAAUGCUCAGAGCCUAGCCUGGAAAGGAAGACCAAGGCAUUUGCCCCACCGUGGCCUUGGGCUGCCCGUCAAACCCGUCAAACAGAGGGCCGGGGUCCCAACACCAGCAGAGGGCUCCCCAGGGAUACUGGGAGUAAGCUGGAGCUGGAGCAUGAAUGGAGUCUGUGAAGUAGAACCUGCAUCCCCACUGAGUCCUGCUGCUUCUUAGCCCCCGACUCCUUGCCCUUUUCUCUUUCCUCCUGACCCCUUGGUGCCUUUCCCAGGGGGAUCCCCAUGCUGAUCGCUCCUUUUCUUUUCCACUGCUUGGCUCUGAAGACUCAGGCAGGUAAAAUAGUAUUCCCCCCAGCAUGGGGAGCUUUAGAGUCUGCGAGGUCACCGUAGGGCAAGGCCCGGGAGGCAGACCCUGGGAGCACCCAGCAGUUCUUAGAGGUGUCCUGUCCAUUCAGCCAUCAGAGCAUCCUCCUCAUUUAGGGCCACAAAUAUAACAGCCCAAUUCCUCUGUAUACAAGUACAUGAUUUUAUAUAGCUCAAUCUAUAACCCCGUGUGUGCCAAUAUAAGCUGUGUUUUUUUGUAACACACUUUUUUGCUUUAGGGGCCACUGGCCAUGGGAAGUUAGGUAUUCCUUAGACCCUGGGAUGAUACAUCCAAGCCAUUACUCCUCAGAGCCACAGAGUGUUUCUCAGUGGAGCUGUGAGGCAGCAGACAUUUCUCUGCUCUCCGUAGAAACAGUCUACCAGUCCAGCUUUAUGCUCUUUGCCCUAGGAAACGGACAAUGAUUUGGUAGCUUUAUUGGAGUCACUUCUUCCCCAAGGUAUGGGGAGCUCUUAUUUUGCUUUUGAGAUAUCAUCCCUUAGUUCCCCUUGGCUAUCUUUCCUUGAUCUUCUGGACUGAGAAAGACUGACACACACCAGCCUAGGCUAGAGAGGGGUAUUUGUGACCAGAGUGCCAAAGUGACCAUUUAAGAGCAAGGACUUGGCUCUGACUCCAUUUGGGGCAUGGAGGUGGAGGACAGUAAGCACAAUGCCCGGCAGAGGCUGCUUUCUAAGAACCCUGAAGCCCUACUCUGAAUGGCUUAGGGUCAUUUGCCCAAGAGGAGCCCCUUUGACCUAUAGACCUUUCCUCUGGGUUUUCACGUCAUUGUUUUUAUUCAAAUUGGGUUCUGAGCCCUCCCCUAAAACCCACUCUUUUAGACCAUUUAGCAGGCCUCCCUUGCCCCCAUCAUUCCCUCUGCCUCCUGCUAACCCAGAGGGCAGUGUUCUGGGGAGUGACUUCCCUUUCAUCCAUGGAAGUAGUUGGUUUGGACACCUUCACCCCACCUAACCUGAGUCACCCCCACCAAGAGGAUGACUCGGAAUUUCAGCCUGAUUAUGCCCUCCCAGGCUCCUGUGGGGUGGAGCCAAGGGCCCAUCUCUGUUCCUGUUUGUUUUAAAUAUUGUUGUGUGUUUUGUAUCUGUGGCGCUGGCUUACAGCGUACUCUGUACAUAUUGUAAAGAUACCGUUGGAAUAAUUUUCUUUCCCGUUGGGCAGGCCUGGCUCCACAUUCCUGCCCUUUCCACUUUGUUCUGUAACACAGAGAAGAGGAACUUCUGUAUUAGCAGGGCAGUCUUGGGUUCUGCAGAAGGGGACAGCUUUUUCUUUUUCUUUUUCUUUUUUUUUUUUCUUUUCCUUAAAAAACAUUUGGCUCUCUGAUCCUUAUAUCCAAGCCUCUGUACAAGAGUAGGAGCUGAGCUGCCCAGAUAAGCAGGUAAAAGAGACAAUGGCAGCAUAGCACUGCCUUCUCCCAGUCCCCGGUCCUCGCCAGGUCCAGUCUUCCCUCCCUGAAACAACAUGAAGCAGCAACAGCGGAGGAAACAGAGAUCCUUGACAAGUGCCAAGGGAAGGAUCUGCUGUCCACCUCCAGUCGCUGUAUAUGAGGAGGCAGCCCACAGGCAGGGGUACCUGUGGCUGCAGUGACCUGCUCAGAGAGAUCAGCCCCUCAACAAGGAUCCCACCCUGCAAGCAAAGGCCAGCGAAGUGUGCCAUUAAGGGCCACGACCAUCAGACCAAGGCUCACUGUGAGCUACCCCUGCCCAGGCCUCUUCCGAGACCUCGCUCAUAGGGCUCUGCACCAAGAGGCUAGAGGGAAGGAGCCUCUCACCCCAGCUAGGCCAGCCAGGGCUGGGAGAGCUGCUCUUUAGGGUUCACCUCUGCUGCUUCAGUUAAGAUGUGCUGGUUUCCUUUAUCCCCUUCCCUGCCUGUACAUGUAUGAAGUUCCCUUCUCUUACCUCAUCCCCUCUACACGUCUCCAGGUCAAAAGACCACAUGCAGAAGGGUUAAGAGGGCACUCUGUGAAAUGAAACGGUGAUUCUUGAGUCUUCUGUCCAGGCUCCAAGGCGAGGGUGAGAGGAUGUGGCUUCGGGUUUGGGAGGGGGAGGCUGAAGAAGGGCUAGAGUUACCGUACACGGGCUUUGAGGUCACCCAUGUCACUUAUUACACUAUCUACCCUGUCACCAUCCCAGUGUCUACUCUCCUGCCCCUGUGAUUCAACUGGGCAGCUAGCUGGCCCCAUGAUUCUGGGCCUUUGUCAUUCGUUUUACUACUAGGGCAUCCCAGGAAGCUUUCUGAUGAUCCUCUGCCAUGGGCCCCUCCUGGGAUCAAGCCCCUCCCAGGCCCCGCCCCCAGCCCCUCUGGCCCCAGCCCACCCGCUUGCCUUGGUGCUCAGCCCCCCCAUUGGGAGCAGGUUGGGGCGAGCUGGAGGCCCGGGCUGGAGGGGCAGUGUUGCUGUUCAUAGCUUUUGUUCCAUUGGCGUUGCUCUGUUGGAUUUAAUUUCAGUCUUCCUGAUUCUUCCCUUCUGUAAAGUGUACAUUACCAAGUUCCUUGUUUUUUAUAUAUAUAUAUAUAAAUAUAUAUAUAUACAAACUGUACUCUUUUUGCCUUUGUACAUUCAGGCAAGAAGAGAAAAUAAAUCUUUUUAAGAGACAAUCACAAAUCUGUGAGGGCUGCUGGUUAUUUCUCCUGGAGUUUGCUGCUGAGCUGCCUCCUCCUUCCUCCCUACUUUUCUGUUUUCCCUCAGCUUUCCUGAUCUUCCUGGCCCUGCUCCAUCUGCAUCCUCAGCUCCACCUUCCCUGGCUGAUGGCAAACUGUUGAAUCCAGUGUCCAGACUACCUGAGCCCUUUCUUGCCCAGCAGUGUUUUCUGGCUUGGCUGCUUGGCUGAAGCCAGGGGCUUUAUCCUGUGCCCUGGCCUCUCCCGUCUUCCCCCUUAGACCUACCAUUCACCAAAGUGGCUUUGGACCCCUCCAUACCCUGGGACCGGGGACCUGUCUUCCGGAGGCCCUAGCUUUGGACACUCACUUGUGAAACUAUGCAGCUGGGAGCUCUCUAUGCUUAAGAGUUUGCACUACUUAAACCUGCCUGGGAGUUAGAACGGAUGGUUUUUUAGGAAUGAGUGAGAAACUGUCCCCCUGACGCUCCCCCCAGAUUCCAGCCUCCGGAACGCUCUGAUCCAGAGCCCAGAGAAUCAUUCCUGGCUGGUAGACUCCUAUGGCCACCCCAUCAGAACAAGGGCUAAGGGUUUAGGAGUCGAGAGCAUUUGAUCAGAAUUUUAAAGGGUGGUACAUUCUGAAACACAGCCCAACCAAACCAUUGUUCUGCCUCUUGAACUUUCUCUUUUUCCUCUGAUCUCCUCCCCCUUUUUUCCCCUUUCUCUACUUCCUUUUCUUAAUUGGCUUUGGAAUUGAAGUAUAUUUUUAAAUUAUUUGUUGUAUUUAUUGAAUAAAGUUUUUAAUGUCCCUGUUCUUAAA